AUGUCGUCCGGAGCCAUCGCGACGGACGCAUCGGCGAAUGGCGCGGCGGCGUCGCCGCCGCCGCAGAGCAACGGCAACACGGCGAUGACGUACGCGUCGGUGAUCUCGCUGCACCAACUCAACAUCGCCGUGAUCGCCGUUCUCGUGCUCCUCGUUCUCCUCGUGCUCGUCCUCUCCAUCGCCAAGGCGCGCUCCACGUGGCUCCACCGCCGCGCCGUCUUGCGUCAGCAGGCGGAAAGCGCACAGAAUCUUCGGCCGGUCGGGCAGCGCGGUCUGCUGGUUGACGACCGGCCAGGGAACGGUAUUCCCGAGGAGUUGAUUAAGCUGCUAGGGCAGGUGGUGGCGUUCGAGGCGGCGAAGGUUGGCGGGGAGUGCGAGAGCGAGCGCGAGUGCAUCGUGUGCCUGGGGGAGUAUAACGAGGGCGACAUGGUGCGCGUGCUCGACGCGUGCCACCACAUGUUCCACCAGGACUGCAUAGACGCGUGGCUCAAGGCCCACAACUCGUGCCCCAUCUGCCGCACCGUGCUGCUGCCCGCACGCCCGUCUCACACUGCUGCCGGGGCGGACGCGGGGCAGCAUUUGCACGGCCACCACCACCACAGCCACCACCACCACAUGCACCACCACCACCCCCACCACCCCCACCACCACCACCACCAUGACCCCGACGCUCCUCUGGGCCAUGCACACCCAUCCCCGGACCAAUCACACCCAUUUACAGACCAAUCGCGGUUAUCUUUGGACCAAUCAGGUCCCUUUCCUGGCGAAUUAGGUCCAUCCUUGGGCGAAUCGGGAGUACCUUUGGGCCAUUUGCAUGUGGACACAGACCAAUCACGUGCCGCUCACGGCCAGCAGCACGAAAUGCAGGAGCAGAGCGGUUACCACAACAGCAUCACUGCUGCGUCCCCUGCAAGUGCAGGCGCAGACCAUGCUGCUCAUUGUCUUGCAGGCGCGGAGGGAGAAGAGGCUUUAGGAGGUAGUGGAAGGGAUUCUUUCGUGGCUGUACCGAUUCAUGACGCAGUGACUGGGGCCGAGGUCUCUUCUGCGUCAAAAGACUCGCUGGUGAAAGAGGGGAUGGAGUGUAGAGAAGGCGGGCAUGUGGGUGUGGAGAUAGUGGAUGCAACACAAGGCAGCUGUUGUGCUGCUGUAAAUGGGAGCACACCUCAUGAUGACCAUGUGGGGGAGCGUGGAGGGUGCGGUGUAGAACCCACACAUUUGCAUGUAGCAAUGCAAGUUUGA